AUGGAUUUUGAAUUCACCCAAAGACAAGGUCGCACAACAACGCCUACAAUUUCCUCGAGCCUCACAUUCCAACUACUAGCUCUCGGCCUUGUACUGACUCAAUUUUCUUUCUUCUUACACUUUAUCAUCAUCAUCCCUCUCAUCUCGGUUUAUCUUUUCCUACCCCUGAUCCUCAUGUACUUCAUGUUCUUCGCACCCAACAGCCUUGACGAUCCAAGUUCCUCCAUCAACCGCCGCGCCAUUGACGGAUACGAAUUAAUACCGUACUGCGAAGAAUAUGCUUUGGAGGACGCUUUUCAGGUGCACUCAAACCCAACCUUAGAAACUUGGAGUAUGAAGGCACCAGACGCUGAGGCACCAGAAUUCCUCCUCUGUUCGACUUGA